UUGAAAGAGAAGAACAACCAGCUCCGCCAACAGACCGUGUGCAAGAUUUGUAUGGACAAGGAGGUGGCCGUCGUGUUCCUGCCCUGUGGUCACCUGGUGUCGUGCGCUGACUGUGCGUCGGCCAUGAAGGACUGCCCUUAUUGUAGGAAACCGAUCAAAGGCAUUGUCAGAGCCUUCAUAAGCUAACUGAAC